UCAUUCAGCUCUCCAGCAAAUAUAAAAGAUGAAAUGGCGUUUGCUUAAUUCAUCACUUUUUCAUAGAAAAUGAAAUCAAGUUUGGAGAUGGAAAGGAAGAUAGAUGAUGCGGAAGACCCAGAUAAAGCACGGCUGUCUCAGCUCGGCUACAAGCAAGAGCUCAAGCGCCAUCUCUCGAUGUUGGAGAACUUUGCCUUCUCGUUCUCCAUCAUAUCGGUUCUGACUGGGAUCACAACCACGUACAACACAGGGCUUCGGUAUGGCGGACCAGUCUCAGCCACAUUAGGAUGGCUGCUGGUCUCACUGUUCAACGGCUGUGUGGCGUUAUCUAUGGCGGAGAUAUGCUCAGCCUACCCCACCGCCGGCGGCCUCUACUACUGGAGCGCCAAGCUCGCCGGCCCCCGUUGGGCUCCCCUUGCCUCCUGGAUCACUGGAUGGUUCAACAUCGUCGGGCAGUGGGCAGGAACUACUAGUAUAGACUUCUCAUUAGCACAGAUGGUUCAAGUGAUCAUUCUGUUGAGCACUGGUGGAGCCAAUGGAGGCGGAUAUUUGGCCUCUAAAUAUGUUGUUUUGGGCUGUUAUGCUGUUUUCUUAAUCAUCCAUGGAACCAUAAACAGCAUCUCUGUUAAGUGGGUUUCCUUUUGCUGCCAGUUGGGUGCGAUUUGGAACGUCAUAGGUGUUUUCCUGCUUACGAUCCUCAUUCCUGUGGUGGCCACUGAGAAAGCAAGUCCCCAGUUUGUGUUUGCACACUUCAAUGCUGAAAAUGAUGUAGGAAUUCAUAACCAGUUUUAUAUAUUUGUUCUUGGCCUCCUUAUGAGUCAAUAUUCUAUGGGAGGAUAUGAUGCAUCUGUUCAUAUGUCAGAGGAAACGAAGAACGCAGAUAUAAAUGGGCCAAAAGCAAUAAUCAACUCGGUCGCCAUAUCAACCAUUGUUGGCUAUAUCUAUUUGAUUAGUAUCACAUUUACAGUGAGAGACAUUCCAUAUCUCCUAAGAAGUGACAAUGAUGCUGGUGGCUAUGCAAUUGCAGAGGUCUUUUUUCUUGUCUUCAAGGACAGAUAUGGAAGUGGAGUUGGAGGAAUAAUUUGUUUAGGAUUUGCCGCAAUUGCAGUUUUCUUUUGUGGCUUGAGUGCAGUAACUAGCAAUUCCAGGAUGACUUAUGCGUUUUCUAGGGAUGGAGCAAUGCCAUUUUCAUCAUUGUGGUGCAAAGUGAACAAGGAGGAAGUUCCACGAAAUGCAGUUUGGCUUGCUUUGGCCGUCUCUUUUUGCAUGGCUUUAACGUCUUUGGGAAGCCUGGUUGCAUUUCAAGCCAUGGUGUCAAUAGCAACAAUUGGGCUCUACAUUGCAUAUGCAUUGCCCAUCUUCUUCAGAGUGACAUUGGGUCGACAAUCAUUUGUUCCAGGUCCUUUCUCCCUUGGUCGUUGGGGCAUCUUCUGCGGUUGGGUUGCUGUGAUUUGGGUGGCGGUGAUAACAGUCCUCUUCUCCCUCCCUGUUGCUUAUCCGAUUAAAAAAGAUAAUCUCAACUACACUCCAAUUGCAGUUGGUGGAGUCUUCAUCUUUAUUCUUUCUUCUUGGGUAUUCAGUGCUAGGCAUUGGUUCAGAGGACCCAUACGCAACAUUCAAGAAUGAAGAUUCAAAAAAAUAUUUUCAUUAUUUCAGCAUUAAUUGGACAUUUGUUGUUUGGGGUUUAAUGGCCCCAUUUGCUUUACGGAAUUUUUUUAAAGUUAAACAUUGAUGCCUUUGUUUGAAACAUUCCUAUUAUUAUGACCUUGA